CCCGCCCGCACGCCCGACAAAUCAGCACAGCUGGCCACCAUCUCUCUCCUCCGCGUACUCCAGUCACCGCCGCCGCCGCCGCCUCGCCGAGCACCACACUCCGCUUCGUCGCCAUCUCCCCCUCCCUCGCCGUCCUCGUGCGCUCGCUCGCUCGCCCUAGGGUUUAUAGAUCCCACCUCUCGCACUCCCCAAUCGAGAUCCAUCUUCGCCCACAGCCGCCGCCGCCACCCGUGCCAAUCGGAGCCGCUAACUGCUCGCCCGCUCCGGUGCUCGGACCACUUCUGCCCCGUACAAACCGCGUUGCUGAACCAUGAUUCUGGUCCGCGAGUGAUCGGCGGCGGCCAUGACGACGCCGACGGGGCGCCUCGCCUGCUGGGCCGUGCUGCUCGCUGCGGCGGGCCUGUUUGCCCGCGGCCUCCCCGCGUCGGCGGUCGAGGACCGCCUCGGCGCGCAAACCCCUUCCGAGUUCGGCGCCUCCAGCGGGGACGCGGGGGCGCCGCUCCUGCACGGGGACGACCUCCCCUGCGGGAGCCCCUCGUCAUCCACCCACACCUGCGCCGACCUGAACGGCACGGGGUCGCUCGACACGACCUGCUCCCUCACCACCACCACCCUCCUCACCGCCCCCGCCUGCGUCUACGGCGCCGGGAGCCUCUCCAUCCUCCCGGGCGUCACCAUCGCCUGCCCCCACCCGGGCUGCUCCCUCGCGCUCAACCUCUCGGGCACCAUCGCCCUCGGCGAGCGCGCGCAGGUAGUAGCAGGCUCUAUCACCCUCUACGCGACCAACGUCUCGCUCGGGGCCGACUCGGCCGUCAACACCACGGGCCUCGCGGGGGAGCCCCCACCGCAGACGUCCGGGACGCCGCACAGCCUCGAGGGCGCCGGGGGCGGGCACGGCGGCCGCGGCGCGUCCUGCAAGGUCUCCAAUGACACCAACUGGGGAGGGGAUGUGUACGCGUGGGUCUACUUGGAUAGCCCGUGGAGCUACGGGAGCAAGGGGGGCAGCUUCUCGGCCGAUGAGGACCUCGGAGGGGACGGUGGGGGGCGUGUCCUGCUCAGGGCCAGCGAGAUUCUCAGUGUGGAUGGAGAUGUGCUUGCUGAAGGAGGGGUCGGUGGUCUCAGAGGGGGUGGCGGCUCCGGUGGGAGCAUUAUGGUCCAAGCUUACAAGCUAUAUGGAAAUGGUACAAUAAGUGCUUCUGGUGGUAAUGGAUGGGGCGGAGGCGGUGGUGGGAGGAUAUCUCUAGAAUCUUACAGCAUUCAACAAGAUUUGGAAAUUAUAGUUCAUGGUGGACAGAGUUUUGGGUGCCCUGAGAAUGCAGGUGCAGCAGGUACAAUAUAUGAUACAUCAUUGGAGACUCUAAAGGUCAGCAAUGGAAACUUCACCACGCACACGGAAACUCCAUUACUGGGUUUCUCAGUGACCAAACUUUGGUCGAAUGUGCUUGUGGAGAGCAAUGCAAAGGUGUUGGUUCCCUUGCUGUGGUCCAGAGUACAGGUGACUGGGCAAAUAAGGCUACUUAGUAACGGUAGCAUCUGCUUUGGGUUAUCUGACAAUCCAAUAUCAGAGUUUGAGCUGGUUGCGGAAGAGCUUCUAAUGAGUGACUCUGUUAUAAAGGUGUAUGGUGCUUUCAGAAUGUACGUGAAGGUGCUCUUAAUGUGGGAUUCAAAGAUUCAGAUAGAUGGUGGGGCUAAGGAUGUUGUUCUUACAUCUAUGCUUGAGGCAAGAAACCUUGUUGUACUCAAGCAUGGAUCAGUGAUAUCUUCAAAUGCUGCUCUGGGAGUCUAUGGACAAGGUCUUCUUAACUUGAGUGGUCCUGGAGAUGAAAUCAAAGCGCGGCAACUGUUUCUAUCUUUGUUUUACAACAUUGAAGUCGGUCCUGGCUCCCUUGUCCAGGCUCCUAUAGAUGAGGAUGUUCAAAGCACCUUGGAUGCACUUUCGGUCUGUGAAAGUAAAACAUGCCCUACUGAGUUAAUCGCACCCCCUGAUGAUUGCCAUGUUAACAGCUCCUUGUCCUUUACAAUCCAAAUUUGCCGUGUUGAAGACAUAACUGUUGGUGGCAUAGUCAGGGGGAGUAUAAUUCACAUUCAUCGAGCAAGAACCGUGACUGUUACAAAUGAUGGUGCAAUAAGUGCCUCAGAGUUAGGUUGUAUGGAAGGAAUUGGUAGAGGAACAUUCCUUAAGUAUGGAGCUGGUGGUGGUGCUGGUCAUGGAGGCCAGGGUGGUGUAGGGAUUUACAAUGGAAUGAUAAGUGAAGGAGGUCAACAAUAUGGCAAUUCCUAUCUUCCAUGUGAGCUAGGAAGUGGUAGCGGUUCUGUUGAGUCAGCUGACCACAGUACUGGCGGGGGAUUAAUAGUCAUUGGGUCCACGAAAUGGCCACUUGCAAGAUUGUCAAUAUAUGGAUCUGUGAGCUCUAAUGGUGAAAGCAAUAGAGGCAUAACUGGAGAAUCCAAUGGGACCUUUAAAGGUGGCAUUGGUGGUGGUUCUGGAGGAACAAUCCUUUUUUUUCUUCAAUGGCUUCUGGUAGAGAAAAAUUCAGCAUUGUCAGCAUCUGGUGGCGAAGGAGGCAUACAUGGCGGAGGUGGCGGUGGCGGUGGCAGGAUACACUUUCACUGGUCAAAUAUUGCUACUGGAGAUGAAUUUGUUCAGAUUGCUUCUAUCAAUGGUACAAUUGAAUCAAGUGGAGGAACUGGUAAUGACGAUGGGCAUUUUGGAGAAAAUGGAACAGUAACAGGAAAGGAGUGCCCGGUAGGACUAUAUGGAACCUUUUGUGAUGAAUGCCCAGUUGGCACAUAUAAAAAUGUUGUUGGGUCCAACUCAUCUCUCUGUGCCCCUUGUUCUUUGAAUGGUCUUCCAAACCGUGCUGACUUCAUAUAUGUAAGAGGUGGUGUUACCCAGCCAUCCUGCCCGUAUAAGUGCAUAUCUGCUAAGUACAAGAUGCCAAAUUGUUACACACCACUUGAGGAACUAGUAUAUACUUUUGGGGGUCCUUGGUCUUUUGCAAUUUUCCUAUUCUUUACAAUUAUUCUUUUGGCAAUCAUCUUAACUGCUCUAAGAGUUAAGAUUUGCGAGAGUGACAUCACGUACCGGUCAACAAAUGCAAUCCACAAUGAUGCAUAUGCUUCUUCACCAUUUUUGCUUUCACUGGCUGAGGUACCUGGGGCCAGCAGGGCAGAAGAAACACAAAGCCAUGUACACAGAAUAUACUUCAUGGGGCCUAACACAUUCCGAGAACCGUGGCAUCUUCCUUACUCACCUCCUGACGCUAUAAUUGGAAUUGUGUAUGAAGAUGCUUUUAACCGUUUUAUCGAUGAAAUCAACUUGGUUGCAGCCUUUGAGUGGUGGGAAGGUUCCGUCCAUAGUAUUCUUUCAGUACUUGCAUAUCCUUGUGCCUGGUCUUGGAAACAAUGGCGCAGAAGAAAGAAAAGUCAUCGUCUUCAAGAAUAUGUUAAAUCUGAAUACGAUCAUUCAUGUCUCCGCUCUUGCAGAUCACGUGCUCUAUAUAAAGGCUUGAAGGUUGGUUCUACACCAGACUUGAUGGUUGCUUACAUUGAUUUCUUUCUGGGAGGUGAUGAGAAACGACUUGACGUAACAUCCACAAUCCAAAAGAGGUUUCCCAUGUGUUUAAUUUUUGGUGGUGACGGGAGCUAUAUGUCCCCAUACUACCUACACAGCGAUGCAUUGCUGUCGAAUCUUCUUGGCCAGUACAUAUCUACUGCGAUCUGGAACAGAUUAGUUGCUGGCUUAAAUGCUCAACUGAGGACAGUAAAGAAAGGCAGCAUCCGGUCAACUUUGGAACCGGUCAUUUCUUGGAUUAAUAGUCAUGGGAAUCCCCAACUUGAGCGACAUGGUGUUCGAGUUGAGCUAGGGUGGUUUCAGACCACUGCUUCUGGUUAUUACCAGCUAGGUAUUGUUGUAGCGGUGAAUGAACACUUCUAUAAGAGCCAACACCAUCAUGAGCAUGCCCCAGACUCUGGUGACCGUUCAAGGAAAAAAAUUGCAGUUCCAGUACAGAAAUCCAAGCAGGCAAAUCAGGAGCAGCCUUGCACAAGCUAUGCUGUUUCAAGAAAGCGGUUGUCAGGCGGAGUGAAUGGUGUGGUCAUAAACGAAGAAACACUCAAGUCUCUGGACUGUAAAAGAGAUUAUCUCUUCCCUUUCUCGCUGCUGUUGCAAAAUUGCAGGCCUAUUGGCUAUGCGGAAGCAUUGCAGCUGCUUAUCUGUAUAUUACUUGUUGGUGAUUUUUCCAUCACAUUGCUUAUGCUCGUACAAUACUACUGGAUAUCCGUCGGGGCUUUCCUUGCUGUAUUGCUUAUUCCACCCCUUGCUUUGCUUUCUCCUUUCCUCGCUGGUCUGAAUGCGCUUUUCAGUCGAGGACCAAAAAGAUCUUCCGUGACCCGUAUUUUUACACUUUGGAAUAUUACUUCUGUCAUAAACAUUAUUGUAGCAAUCAUCUGUGGUGCGUUGUACUCUGGGCUAACUUCUUUGGCGUCAUCUUCAGCUCAUGCAUCAAGCACCAGAAGCUUCAAAGUUAGGGAUGACGAUGAAUGGUGGAUACUACCCAUCGUCCUGUUUCUUGUCAAGGCACUCCAGGCGGGACUGGUCAAUUGGCAUGUAGCAAAUCUGGAGAUCCAGGAUUAUUCCUUAUUCAGCCCUGACCCGGAUAGAUUCUGGACAAUGUAGUACCCGGUUGUGAGAGUGGCAGGUUCUCAACCACAUGAUGCUGACAAGCUGUCGUUUUGGGAGCUUUCUGGCAUGGUGUAGAUAUGUCUGAAAAGUGGAAUUUUGUUAGUCGGCGGUAUCAUGUACAUUAUCAACCGUUAGGAUAGGGUUUGUGUUCUUGCGUGAACUAGAUUUCUGUAGUUUCUAGGUUUAGUUUCGGCUAGGGAUGAGUGGUGUACAGCAAGAAAACAGUGAAGUCAAGUAGCGAGAUUGGCGCUGGAAUGUUGUACAUUUUGUAAGUAAUAAGUAGUAAUAGUGAACUCAUCGGUUCAUGUUUAGAA